AUGGCAAAUAAGCAUUCUAAUAAUGACAUAAAAUUUAACAUUCUUCUUGCUGACAUUUCUAAAUCCAAAGAUCUUCAUAGCUCCUCAUUUUCAACAUAAAAAAUGCAAAACAGCUCACAGCAUGGUGGAGCAAAAAACAUAGUACCAACGGCAACAUAUUUAUAGUAAGUAGAUGAAAAGUAUUCAUAAAUGUACAUGAAUAAGUAAAUUGAUAAAGCGAAAAAAGGCACAUAACAUAAUCAAAAGCCCAGUCAUAAUGAUAAUACUCAAGUAAAUAAUUUUCUGGAUGUUCCUAACAAAUUUCGAUAAUAAAAACAAUCAGAAAUUUUGGGAAACAACUCAUACAUCCCUCAAAUAUAGCCUAUUGUAAAAAGCGAAUUAUUACAGCCUUAAAAUCCACAACUAAAUGAGACAAUAUCUCCAAUGAAGGCUCCAGUUUUGAAUAUACCUGGCGAUAUUUCAUUAUCCAGAGGAGUGAGUGAAAGAGGACUGAAAUGAAAUAGAUAUGUAUGAAGAAAACACUAAUUCUAAAUAUCUAA